AUGACAAAUGUUAUGUUAUGCUACGUUAACUGUGACGUUACCCAGGUGAAGGUUUACGGUGACAUUACUCAGGUGAAGGCUUACUGUCACCUUACUGAGGUGAAGGCUUACUGUGACGUUACCCAGGUGAAGGUUUACUGGGACGUUACCCAGGUGAAGGUUCACAGUGAUGUUACCCAGGUGAAUGAUUACUGCGACCUUACUCAGGUGAAGGUUAACUGUCACCUUACCCAGGUGAAGGUUUACUGUGACGUUACCCAGGUGAAGGUUUACUGGGACCUUACCCAGGUGAAGGUUCACUGUGACGUUACCCAGGUGAAGGUUUACUGGGACGUUACCCAGGUGAAGGUUCACUGUGACGUUACCCAGGUGAAGGUUCACUGUGACGUUACCCAGGUGAAGGUCCACUGUGAUGUCACCCAGGUGAAGGUUCACUGUGACGUUACCCAGAUGAAGGUUUACGGUGAGGUUACCCAGGUGAAGGUUUACUGUGACGUUAUCCAGGUGAAGGUUCACUGUGACGUUACGCAGGUGAAGGUUUACUGGGACGUUACCCAGGUGAAGGUUCACUGUGACGUUACCCAGGUGAAGGUUUACGGUGACUUACCCAGGUGA